UGCAGGUCGUCAGGAGGUGGUGGAGCCGCAGCCGCCAUUAGCAGGGACGGCAGCAGCGGGGGGGGCGGGAGAGAGACCGCAGGAGUUUGGCGCGGGUCCGGGCUUCAUCCUGGCCGCUCACUCACCCAGCCUGAGCCGCUGUCCUUCGGAAACGAACGAAGCACCCGUCGCCGAAACGGCCGGGGAAACGCUGCUGCGAAAAUGAUCAAGACCCACCACCGUACGUCGUCCAAGUGUCUGGAGACCGUGGAGGUGAAGAGCAAGUUUGGGGCUGAAUUUCGACGAUUUUCUCUGGAUCGAUCCAAACCUGGAAAGUUUGAAGAGUUUUAUGGAUUAUUGCAGCAUGUCCACAGAAUUCCAAAUAUUGAUGUUUUAGUUGGAUAUGCUGACAUUCAUGGAGACUUGUUACCAAUAAACAAUGAUGAUAACUACCUGAAGGCAAUCAAGACAGCAAACCCACUGCUCAGAGUGUUUCUGCAAAGAAAGGAAGAUGCUGACUAUAGUGCCUUUGGUACAGACACUUUAACACGGAAAAAGAACGUCUUGUCAAACGUACUGCGUCCUGAUAUUAAUCGAAAGAAACCUUCAAUUGCAAUCAGCUUACCACGUGAUUUUCGUCCAGUGUCUUCGAUCAUUGAUGUGGACAUUCUUCCAGAAACCCAUCGAAGAGUGCGGUUAUACAAGCAUGGGUCCGAUAAACCACUGGGAUUCUAUAUCCGCGAUGGCUCAAGUGUUCGAGUAACACCUCACGGGCUUGAAAAAGUCCCUGGAAUUUUCAUUUCUAGAUUGGUGCAGGGAGGAUUGGCAGAAAGCACUGGUCUGUUGGCUGUAAAUGAUGAAGUUCUUGAGGUGAAUGGGAUUGAGGUGUCAGGAAAAAGUCUUGAUCAGGUGACUGAUAUGAUGAUAGCAAAUAGCCAUAAUCUCAUCAUUACUGUGAAACCAGCAAAUCAAAGAAAUAAUGUUGUCAGAAUCAGUCGGACUUCUGGUAGUUCAGGUCAGUCCACUGACAGUGGAACUAGCCAUCUUGCUUAUACGGCAUCUCCACACGUUAUGCAAAAUUUCCAUUCUGAAGAAAUGGACAGUGAUGAAGAAACAGACAUAGUCAUUGAGGGCAGUGGUGAGCCACAACACAUUCCAUUGGCAACUUCUACCAGUGCUAGUAUAGCAUCUUUAACAAAAAAUGACCAUAAUCAUGGUUUAACUUCAAAUGGUUCUGUUGCUGGAGUGAAAGGAAACGUGCAUCUACCAUCAACUCCCAUGAAAGUGGAUCCUAUCGAGAAAGAAAAUGUGAACAGGCAAAGCAUUGAGGAGGAUGGCACUGUUAUUACACUCUAGGUUUCUUGAUCUGCACUUAGAGGUGCCAGUGUUUUGUUUUUAGGGUUUGCCUGUUGUACAGCAGCUUUGUCAUAAUUGCUCACUUUUGAGAAAUGAGCAUCAUAAUCUAUCUAGUUUGUAUCACCAGAGGUACAGACCUAGAGGACAGAGUAGCAAGAUUUUCACUGGCUGGGCCCAUUCCAUUUGUGUAUGUUUUUUAUAGAGAGAGAAUUUUUUCAAAGAGCCACCACGUCUAGAAAGCAGGAACAAAACCCCUCCCUCCAAAACAGGUACACAAAGAAAAGAAUGACCUGGCAUUGGUCCUACCCAAGGCAAUAAUAUUUUCUCAUUGUUGAGGUAGAUUAAGAGGUAACUGUUGACAGUACAGUUAUUGGAAGUGGUGGUCUACUUUCUUUACAGAUUGUAAACUUAUUUGGAAAAAAAGACUAACAUAACCACACUUAACACCUCUGCUUGUUUUAUUCCCUUUUUUUUAGAAGACUUUGUUGCAUGUGUGCAUGUAAUUUGUAAGGUAUCAUUAGGCACUUUUAUAACUAGCAUGUUUAACAAAAUGACUGCACAACAAGAUGGGAUUAAGUAUAAUUAUAAAUUUAGCCCUAUUAUAAUUAUAUAGUUGCUAUUUAAUUCCUUUAUAAAAUGCACGUUGCAGAGGCUAAUGUGCAAAAUUCAGUUCUUUCAGGCUUUAUUUUGCUAUUUUAACUAGUCUGGAUUAAGUAUACUGCUCAAUUUAAAAAGAGCAAUACAUUUAAUAAUCAAGGCUCAAAAGACAAACUGAAGUAACAAAUACCUACAUAUGACUAAAACAUUAAAAUUCACAUUGGAAUUGUAUACUCUGAUAUCAAAAUGUUAUUUUCAGAGUAUUCCUAGCUAAUUCUUUUCUAACAAAAAAUGUGUGCAGGGCUGAUGUUAUUAUGAGCCUGGGAAUUUAGCCAGGACGUGGGAAAUUUAAGUGCCAGUGCCCAUAAACAUUGUGAAAUUUUUCUGCCCUGUGCAAACAUCAUAAAAACGAAAAUCAAACAGACCUGUUGGUAGUCUGAUUGGAUCCAGCAAAGAACAGCAGAGGCAUAUGAGGCCAAAUGGUCUUUUCAGAAAAUCUUUGGGUGGUUGAAAUUCUGGCAUAAAUUACCUCUUGCUUAAAAGACAAAGGGACCAUACACUCAACAAAUAUUUUAUUGGGGUCUAAACAGUGUUGAAGUUGCUAGUUUUUCCUUUCUGAUAUUCUGGGUAUGUAUUAGGCCUCAUCACAUGAAAAUCUAAUGAAUUAUUUCUUUUAUCCCAAUUCACUGAAGACUUUUGCUGUACUACUGAGGAUUUUAGUUUUGAACCUACUUAACUUAUUCAUGUCUGCAUAUAAAAGUAAAUUGGAUUUUAAAGAAUACAUUCACAUUUUAUGAGCCAUUUUAGUAUAAAAUUAAGAUAAAUUUGGGGUUAUUCAGGUAUGUUUUCACCUUCCUGAUUUCUAUGCUCAGAAGCUGAGAAAUUUGCAUCAAAAUAUGGUGAUAUUUUGUACUGUAAUUUACAAACAUGGGAGUCCCACAUUUCUAAAGCAGGGCAGCUCACAUUGUUACUUAGAGAAAUCUGGGAGUAGGGGGAGGGGAGUGGUUGCUGAAGGUUUAUUUGCUGACAUUGGCUGCAAUGUAGAUAUUAGUUUUACCAUACUGAUUUGUGCAGAAGUCUGCACAGUCGUGCUUUCUGUAGGAGUCUGUUGCAAUGUACCCUUGGCUUGUGUGAAUCCCAAUUGUCACUUAGCUGGAAGUCUUUCCUUUCAUCACAAUCAAUACAUUUUUAAAUUGAAAGUUAUCUAUAUACUUUGAAUUGGGGAGCAAACUUUACUCUUAAAUCAAAAGCCUUUUACAUAGUUGAGGUUUUUUUUAGUUAAAGCUUAGUUUAUUUUUCAAGUUGACUUUUUAAAAAAAAACUGUACCCUUGUACUUUGAUUUACAUGUGCUCUCCAUAUUGGGAACAGGCUUGUGACAAGCAAAGCUGCUUCAAAUUCUGUAUGCUGCUACAGCAGCACAUUUGGCUGAAUCCAGAAGCCCUGCUUGUGGGUGUUAAUUGGGUUUGGAAGUACUCGCACAGAGCCUUCCACCUUGGGAGCAAAAUUUAUUUUAUCUAAAGUACUGACCAUUUUGAUCGUACAAAAUCAAAACGUCAUGGAUGCUGUAAAUGCCCAAUGUCAGGUGACAUUGGUAGAGAGAUGCUUGACCUUUCACAGAACAGAUUUAACAUUUGAGCAUCCUUGAUUUACUUUAAACAAUAUAAUUUUCCUAACAUUUUUAGAUUUAAAAAACACUGAGCAAACAUUCUAAUCACAAUGUAUACCAUACAUUUAUGGCUUACAGCUUUCAUUUGAAUGCAUGGAAUUUCUUUUCUGCAAGACAGACUUCUAAGAGUUUUGAAUUCAUAGUUUCUGAAGUUAUUUUUGUGGCCUUUAAAUCAUGAGUGAAGAAUGACCAUUUUGAACAAUUGUUUCAUGGGAUCCAACUGUGAAGAUCCAGAAAUGUCCCUUUUUGUUAAUCUUCUGGGAUGGUAUUGUCCCAUUCAAUGAUUUUUACUUUGAUUUUUUUAAAAUGUUUAUUUACAGUGCACUCUGUCGCAAUUUGCAUAUGUAUUCACAUUAGUGUUUUUCAUUAGUCAGCCACAUUCAUUCAUUCAUCCAUCAAGGAGAAAUGCUGAGCUAACACCAGGUCUCUUACAAAAGAGGUAAAAAGGACACUUAGUAGUUGGCUCUGCACACUUGCCAGCUGCUCAGAUUAGAACACCAUUGGCAGAGGUUAGGAAGCAGGAUGCCCCAGUGUCUUUUUACUUGGUACAGGUUGCAUGACAAGUUAAUUCUGUUAUACUGGUUCAAAAUGCUAUUUGUUUAGUGGAAACAAAAGUUGGCAGUUCUGAGUUGCAUGAAACAAUCUAUUACGUCAGUUACCGUCCUGGUACAAAUUAGGUAUUUAAUGUUUAUAUGGGAUCCAACCAUCUCUCAAUUUGUUUCCUUUGUGUAGUCCACAAUUCAUACCACCUUGAAGUGAUUGCAACUGAUCUUCUUUUCAGGAAUUCAGUGAAUUUCAGUUGUUAAUAUUGAUGAAACUGAAUUUUCUGCUGGCAAGUUGUAAUAUGCUUCAUGAAAUGAUGUUAAACUGACUCAUAAAUGUGGUUAAAAUUGAUCAUGUAUCAAAUUACAGUUGAAGGAAUAAGGCUUUAUAAUUUUUAAUAUUCUUUCUUUGUCUCUAUCAUUAAUCGAAAGUAAAUCCUAACAGAACUGUAAUCUGUAAUAGAAGUUUUUGCUUUGCUAUCUAUUCAAUAGCAUUUAAUGAAUUUGUAUAUGGAUUCACAAAUUUCAAUAGAUCUUGCCGUACUUCUUAAAAAAUUUUUACUUGCCUAUAGAACAGUUCUUUCAAAAGGAAACUUUUAUAGGUAAGACAUUUCAUUGUGCUUAAAUCCAAAAUCUCACUGAAACCAACUUAAAAUAACUUUAUCUUCCUUUUGCCACUGGUGCAAAAAGUGUAACAAAUGCUGGUCCAGGGUGAAAUAUCAAACUUUAAGUUAUCUGUUUAGAAUUCUGAUCUCUACAUGUAGAUUUGAUCAUCGACCAACAACAAAUAAAAAGCAAACUACCCAGAUGCUGGAAAUUUGAAAUGUAAAUAGAAGAUCCUGGAAAUACUCGAGUCAAGUGUCUGUGGGAGAGAAAUGACCUUUCAACAGAACUUGUGUUUGGAUGAAAAAGUCAAGACCUGAAAUGCAAAUACUACUUUUCUUUUCUCUCACCUCUCCACAGUUGCUGCUUGACAUACUGAUUAUUUCCUGAAUUUUCUUUAGUAAUAAGGAUUAACUAGCUGAAAACUCAUUUGUAUUAAAAUAUUUGACACUUGCAUAAAUCAAACAGCUAAAAAGCAUAUGAGGAUUUAUUUUAAGUAGGUCCAUAUGAAGUUAGUGGAGUGCUUCAGGUAGUUGGCUUUUGUUGAUGCAAUACUUCCUAAAGCUUUAUCUCUACCAUCAUAAAGGAACUAAUCAUUUACAUAAUUAGAAUCUUGUAGUUUUAAAGCAUUACUAAAAUCCUGUUGACUUGAUUAUUAUUUUUUUCCAAUAGCAUCGUAGAUGUAAGAAUAUUGGAUGUAACAAAAUCUUGAUUUUGAACCAGUACUGAUUUGACUUUCUGAAUUACAGUAGUAUGGAUUUAUCUUUAAUUGUACUGCUUUAAUGAGCUAAGAGUUCCUGAAGUGUUUGUAUGCUGGACAAGUAGAAGGGAUAAAACAUGAGCAUCUUUUGAAGCAAAAGAAAUGGAAAUCUUUUUUAAACUUGCUAACUGCAGGUUGAAAUUUCUAUCAUUACCAAACAAUGCAGGUACAAUCUCUCCGAUAUAGACUUAAAAUGGCCAAUUUCACAGCAUUUUUUUUAAAUUGCAACAUUAGUGCACUCUUUUUAUUUUAAAAAAGUUAUUCACAACACACACUGCUGGAGGAGCUCAGCAGGUCAGGCAGCAUUUAUGGAGAGAAAUGAACAGUCGGCAUUUGGGGCCAAUACCCUUCAUCGGGACUGGAAAGAGGGCAGAAGCCAGAAUAAAGGGAAGAAGGAGGAACACGAGCUGGCGGGUGAUAGGUGAGUCCAGGUGAGAGAGGGAAGAUAGGUGGGGGGGGGGGGAGUGGGUGGAGAAGUGGGAAUGAUGUGAGAAGCUGGAAGGUGAUAAGUAUUCACCUAUCAGCUACCAACUUCUCGCAUCAUUCUCAUUUCCCCCACCGACCUAUCACCUGCCAGCUCAUGCUCCUUCUUUCCCCCGUGCCCUCCCACCCUACCCUUUUAUUCUGGCUUUUGCCUUCUUCCUUUCCAGUCCUUACGAAGGGUCUCAGCCCAAAAUGUCGACUGUCCAUUUCCCGCCAUAAAUGCUGCCUGACCUGCUGAGUUCUUCCAGCAUUUUUGUGUUGCUCCAGAUUUCCAGCAUCUGCAGUCUUUGUCUCUCAAGUUACUCACAAGCUAUUCUAUGCUUUUUUUAGACUAAAUUUUGACUCAGUGUCGUCCUGUGGUGGGGGGGGGAGGGAGGGAGGAGACUGACUAAGUAGAUUUAAUGAUGCCAUAAUUGAAAUAUUAAUUAUAUGUUUGUCAAUGGAGAAAGAUAUUUAUUUUGUAUUGGGAGGAUUGUUAAAGUAUCUAAAUUGCAUAUUACUUGCAAACACAAUUUAUUCUGAAGUAAUUUAUGUAUUAGGCAAAUCAGCUGAACCUAAUGAAUAUAAUGCAACUAAUUUACCUACCCCCUCUCCAGCUUAUUAAUUUGCACAUGUAUGAUCAUGUGCUUUUUGAAUUGGUUUAAAAUGGAAGGUUUACUUUUGCACCCAAAACAGUGAAUGUGAUUAAACAACCAUUUUUAAAUGAUACUGGACAAAAUACAUGAAAGGCACUUCCUUUGAUUUAGAAUGACACUGGACAAUUUUCAGAUUUUCUGAACCUUAAUGUUUAAAAAAAUAUUUUGGUUACAGUAAUACACUGAUCUUCUCAAAUUGCUUUAUAUAAAAAAAAAAUGCACACUCUGAAGACGUGUCGUUCAGACCAUCAUAAAGCUCACUAAUCCACUGAAGAACAGAGUAACAGAUCAAAUAGUUUAUGGUACCAUAUCUCAGAAGGUAUCUACUUUACUUGUGCAUAUGCCCUCUGCUGGCUACUAGUAGUACUACAUGUCUUAUGACUGUGAAGCACAUUUCAUUGUGGGCCAUUGUUAGCUCUUGCAUCUCCAAGCACUGGAGAGAAAUGUGUAGAUGAAAUGCUUUCCAAAAUUGUUACUUUUAUUGUCAAGUUACUGUAUGAGUAAUUGCUCAAAUGGGAAAACAAAUUGCAGUUUAUCAACACAUUAUAGUCUUCGUCUUUACUGUUUCAUUUACUACCUCUUUUGAACUAUGUUCUUUUUUUUAAACACUGCACUCUGACUUAAUCUUGACCAAUUACUAUCAUUCCAAAUAGUUUGUAUUCCAUAGUGAAUAUACAGCCACAAAUUGCUUCUCUUUAAAACUGUAGUUGAAAAUUCCUAUGCUGAGUUUAACUAUUCUUUGUGAAUAAUAUGCUAUGGCUUGAUUUUUUUACCACAUUUUUUAUGGAAAAAAGAUUUGUAAAGAAUAGGCACAAAUAUCAGUAUUUUCUUACCACUAUACAAUGUACAUUUAUAUGAUCACACUAAAGAGAAACUUUACGAUUUAGAAUCUGAGAUUGUAGCCUCGUGCAUAAUAUAUUUUGUAUGGACUGGAGAAAGUAGAGGCUUCAAUUUUGUAGUCAUUGAGAGGUCUGGUUUCCCUGUGCUAUUAGAAAGCAUUAUGGUACUUGUUUUAAUUUGCUUCCCCUUGGGAUUAAGACAAUAGAUAAUCAUGUGUUUCAUGCAAUUCGUGAAUUUCUUUUCAUACCUUGAAUUGGAUGAUUCCAUAAACAUAUUUAAUGAGACAUCUGAGCAGUUUGGAAAUUAAUAAAUUGCGAGAGCUGUAUAAAAUCCUCACAUUACUGGCUGGUACUUGUAGAAACUUGGAUUUGCAGAGUUUGAUAAUUUUAAACAUUCUUUGUGAUCAGGAUUUUAAAUUAUGAAAUUACUUGAAAACUACUCCAAAAAACUACUUGUUAAUUCAACUAAAAAUAAAUGAGAUUGCACUUUAAUUCCCUUUGCUAAACUUUUCAUAUAGCAUUGACUCGGUACCAAAUGCAUUCUGUGGAAGUGGGAACAGAAAACUUGGCAUGCAUAUUGUUGAAUAUAACAAUAAAAGCUGACAAAUAAACAAAUUAUUGUCUUAUUUUUGUAAUAAGUUUGUUUACUCUUCAAAGAAAAACCAAUACAUGCCAAAGCUUUUGUCAUCUGGGAACAUUUUAUGUCUAGAAUAGUUAGUCUACAAUGGUGUGACAACAUGUAAUGUACUCUAGAAAUUUUGACACUGGUUCAUGUAAGAUAGCUUGCACAUUGUAAAUUAAAUUACAUUCUACUUGAUUCUAUAUAAUCCAUAACCUAUCACAAUGCCAUUCAAAGCUGGUUAAUUGGAAAGGUAACCCUUGAUUAGAAAUGAGUUGAAUUUCUAAUCCAGUGUAUUUCAGAGCUGUGUGUUUGCAUAAAUGAUAACUACUGCAAAGCAAAACAAAAGGCAUUUUACUUUUUCAUUGAGAAAUUUUGGGGCCUGGGUUAAAAUUGGAAGGUAAAAGAAAUUCUGUGUGCUAUAAAUUGUAAAUUCCCUUUCUCCAUCUUUCAUGUGUUUUUGCAGUUUGGAAAAUGGGGAACUGAGAUUGAUAUUUAUGUAUAAAGAAUUCAAAUUUCACACAAGCAAUGAUACUCCAAUAUUAAUCUUGUUCCAGGAGUAACUUGUGACUUCAAUUUAUUGGGAACACAACUCUACAGUUUUGAUAAGAUCAUGAUAAAGCUCUAUUCUCCAGAUAAUGUGUAGUUUGUUUCUGGUGCCCAAAGUAUAUGACAAACCCAUUAGUUGUUUUGAUGUGGUUUUCAAUUAAUAAUCAAAUUGCUAGUCAGUUGUGCUUUUAGAAUAUACUGCUCUCCAAAAGAAAAUGUAGAACGUGCAGUGUUGGACCAAACACCACAACAUUGCUUGAAUGCAAAAUUUUAAAUUCAAAUGUGAAGUAUUCUUUCUGGUGGAUAACAGGCAUGUGACUUGGUGUUAUUUUGUGGGGAAAAACAAUUACACAGUUAGAAACCUAAUUACCAGCACUUGCACAGCAGCAUUGUUUUAGAUUACAUUUAAAAACAAGCUAAUGGAACUUCAUAUUACUGUAAUAAAGAUGGGCAUUACUGCUGUGCAUUCAAUUAUGGAAAAAAUGCUGUUUCUGCAUAAUUACAGCAUUCUCUUGUUUCACAGCUGUUAAAAGGGUUAAUGCUAAAUGAUCAACUCCUUACCUUUGCCCUAAUAUUUGA